AUGUCGAAGCAGCUUUCUGUCGUCUCUGCGGGGGCUUCCGCGGCACUACUGCAGGCGGCCACCGCUAUCGUCAAUAAGGCCACCGCCGGAAAGCUUAGCGCAACAGCUGCCUCGGUGGCGGAAAAGCAUGCUGUGGUGGUGGGGCCGGAGACGCCUGCUGGUGUUCACACGUCAGUAACUACCGCGCCGGCCUCGCCGGACCCGGCGUACGCCGGUGUCAAGACGGUGCUUGUGCGCGCCGUUCUGCCUCGUUCUUCGCCUGAAAAGGUGCAGCUGCGUGACGCGCUUGACGUGUUUCCUUCUGCAGGUAUCAGCAUGGAUGCCGAGGUGCAGGCUGCCACGGAUUCCUUUAAGAAGAGCGCGGAGGUGGCAGUGGCAAAUGCAAGAAGGAUUGGUGUGAAUCGUGUCACCCUUGUGCUGAAGCAGGCAACGAAGUACAAUAAUGUCAACGACCUCUUCAGGAAGGUCUCAACGGAGGCGAUUGAGGCCGCGGGGAUGACAACAGAAGUGCAAAACACAUCUGUUGUUACCAACCAGCUUCUUGUGCACCCCGAGUCCCUUGGCGUGGUGCUUCUGAACGACGUGUCACUCACGGAGAAAAUCGAAUUGGCCUAUGCCGGAGCGAUGGGAGGAGCCAGCCGCACGUAUCAUACAGUUAGCGGUAACAAGGUAUCCGCGGGACACAGCUUCAAAUCGGUGGCGCUGGCGGUGGCGCAGGAACUCCGGGAACUUGGAAUGGGAAGUGAAGCCGAAAAGCUGGAGCUUGCGGCUGCGAAGAAUCCCAGGGCAGUCCUUUCUGGCUUGUAA